AUGGGCACGCCGCUGAUGGAGAAGAGGGUUGAAGGUUACUCUUGCUCGCGGUGCAGGAAGCUGAAGAAGAAGUGUCUGCGUGAGGUGCCCGCGUGCAGCCACUGUCUGAGGGCGGAGGUCGUGUGCCACUACCCUGGGCGGGCGCCGCGGCGGACGAAGAGGGAGCUGGAGGAGGCUACGAGGCGGGGCGAGGGUCCCCGAAGAAAGAGGGGCAAGCCGCCGUUGCAGUUCCCAGAUGCGGAUGCUGCAAGGUCGCUGGAGGCUCUGCACAGGCCCGGGUCCGCGCCGGCAAACCCGCUGUCGACGUCUAUCGGCAGUGACUUAUCGAUGCAGGGGCGCGCGCUGCCAGGCAGUCAGGUGUACGAGAAUGUAUCCUCGCUGAUCUGUGCGUUGACAAAUUCUAUACCGGAUUCGGACAGGCCGCAGGUGGAGGGGCAGGACCCGGCGACGGCCGCAGGAACAGCACAACAGCAGCAGAAUGACAAGUACGCAGACGGUAGUGCAGAGUCGCAUAUUCUACACAAGCAGGCAGAUCCGCCGCUCUCUAAUAUUCUUACUGGUUCCACAGAAUCUACAUUCGAAACUAAUAAAAGUGCAUUGUCGUCCUCGUACCAAACGGAGAGGCACCCGCUGAGCGACACGACGUCACCGGACAGUUGGCCACGCAAUGGGCAGACGAAAUUGGAAACCGUGCCCAACCAGUUACCGCCCUUUUCAAUCUCGUCUCCAGCGUUCCACCCGAACAGCAACCUGAUGGCGAAACAUGGCAAUAGCAUGCCCCCGAUGCUUUCCCAGCAUGACAUCUUUGCGGAUCAGCAACAUGACUUGGAGAAGGCGGACUCGACGCCCAUUACUGCGGCGUCGAUCGAGAUCGCGACCGUGGGCAACGUGUUCAAGGGCGGCAGGUCGAGCCCCUGUGUGAACAGCAACGGCAGUUACAAAGCCAUCGAGAGGGCGCUCCUAGAUAGGUUCAUCGCUGCUUACUUCCGGCACAACCACCGACUGUUCCCCAUGAUCGACAAGAUCGCUUUCUUGAACCAGAUUUCCUCGAUAGGAGAGUUCAACUACGAACUCCUCUGCGAGCGGUUCGACAGUGUCUUCGUCUUCAAAGUGUACAUGAUCAUGUCCAUCGGCUGCACCACUUUGCGAAGGGCAGGCAUGCUUCUGAAGGACGAGGAGGAACUCAGUGAACACCUCGCGUACCUUGCCAUGCGCAAUUUCUGCUACGUCAUGAACUUGCAGAACAUGGAGACAAUCAGGUGUUUGCUCCUACUGGGGAUAUACUCCUUCUUUGAACCGAAGGGAUGGUCCUCUUGGACCAUUAGCGGUAUCAUCAUGCGGCUCGCAAUAGGUCUUGGACUCAACAGGCACAUCAUCGCUAAGAAACUGAAGACGAUCCCAGUGAUGGAACUCGAGGCACGGUACAGGGUUUUCUGGAGCGCGUACUGCUUCGAGCGACUCGUCGCGACGUGUCUCGGGAGGGUUUCUGCGAUCGAGGACGACGACAUCAGCAUACCGUUCCCGCAGCCACUGUACGAUGGGGAGAAGGAGGAUAUCGAGGUGACUAGGACGAUGAUCUCGCUGAGGAGGAUGGGCGGCCGUAUAUACAAGCAGGUUCAUUCGGUGAGCGUCGCCAAAAAGAACCUGAGCCUCGUGGACAAGAACAAGAUUAUUAGUGAGUUGAGAGAGGAGCUCGACGAUGUCUACGAGCACGAGAAGGAGAAGAUGGAUAGACACAACGCGGAACACAAGUCCAGCGCGACAAGUGUGAUUUCGUUUCACAGUUCCGGGAUCUGGCUCGCCAUGCGGUACUCGCAGCUGAUGAUUCUGCUGUACCGUCCUUCGACGCUGAUCCCGAAACCGCCAAUCGAAUCUCUGUCCGUGUUGGGGCAGUUUUGUCUCGAGGCCUGGAAGCACACGUACACGCUGUACCAGAAAAGGUUGCUGCCUCUCAACUGGAUCACUUUAUUCAGGACGCUCACCAUUUGCAACACAAUCCUCUACUGUCUUUGCCAGUGGAGCAUCGAUCUGAUAGAGAGCAAGAUCGAGAUCCAGCAGUGUGUUGAGAUCCUGCAACAUUUUGGCGAGAAGUGGGUGUUCGCGAGCAAAUGUGCGGAGGUGUUCCAGAACGUCAGCAACACCAUCCUAGAUAUCAGCCUCAGCGACGGGAAGGUGCCCAAUAUGGACAAACUAACGCACGAACUGUUUGGCGCAUCCGAUGCAUACCACGACAUCCUAGACGAGAACAACGUGGACGUCUCCUGGGUGGACAGACUCACGUAA